ACCAAUUAGCAUCAAACAUACAGAGUCAGAGCUCCCACGCUCCUCUCUUUUAUCUCACCUGCGCAAUUCUGUAUUGGUCCAUGUGAAGAGCGCCCUUGCCCUCUCUCUCUCUCUUCCCUUUUGUUGCUCUAGGCUUUUCCACUUCUCUCUGCGUUGAAUAUGACGAUCGAUGACGAUAACUCAAUCUACGUUGGUGGCAUCCCUUACGAUUCAACGGAAGAAAGCCUGCGCAGGGUCUUCGACCUAUAUGGUGCCGUUGUAGCCGUAAAGAUAAUAAAUGACCGGGAAGUUGGAGGUAAAUGCUAUGGAUUUGUCACUUUUACGAAUCCAAGAUCUGCUAUUGAUGCUAUCAAUGAUAUGAAUGGCAGGACUAUUGGUGGAAGACCUGUGAGAGUAAAUGAAGUGAGGAGCAGAAAUAGGCCCAAUUUUCACCGUGAAAAUUUUAACAGAGAUAUUGGAAGGGACAUAGAUUGGGACAGAGACAGGGAUAGAGACCGGGAUCAGGAUCAUGAUAGAGAUCGGUAUAGGGACAGAAACAAUGGCAGACUGCGUGAGCAGGAUAGAGAACGAGAGAGAGAUUAUGAUCGUGGCCAUGAUUAUAAUCGCAUGAAGGAUAAUUCCCUUGACCGUGAUAGAGAGAAAGAUCAUGAUCUCGAUGGCAAUCGAACCCAUGACCGAGAUUGGGACAGUGAGCAUGGUCUUGAUUGGGACCAGGAUAGGGACAUUGAAAGGAACAUUGUCAAAAGAGAUACUGAAAGAAACAAAGAUCAUGAUAGGAACAGAGAUAAGGACAAAGAUAAAGAGCAUCGGCCAAAGAAUCGACUUGGCAGUUUUGAUGAGCGCCCAAUGAGGGAGAGGGAGCUGUCAUCAAACUCGAGCGAUUACCAAGACCAGGUGAAGGAGGAAUUAGAUGGAGCCAUUAAAAGGCACAAUGAGCUUCAGAGGGAGAUCGAUCAGAUGGAAGAGAAAUUCGAGGAAAAGCAGCAGCUUGUUUUAGAACUACAAAAGAAUACCCAGAAACUUGAAGAGUCACUGGCAGCCACAAAAAUGCUCAAAUUGCAUCGCCAGGCUCAAUUAACCAAGAUGCAAAGGUGUUUCCUGCAAGUUAGGGGCUGCACUGAAAAGCUCAAAUGCUAUGAACAGGAACUCCAGGAGUAUUUGUAUGCGACUGAGCAGACCCUUGUGGAUGCGGAUAUGGUUGAUGUUAAUGAUGGAGAAAACAUGGAGUUCUGAUAAGAUAUUCCGUUUGUUGAUGGCCUGGCUUAAGUGCCUUGAAGAACGCAAACAUAGAUCUAAUGCUUCUUAGGCACUCUAUGCACCUUUGGAAUUCUCUGAAAAAGCCGUUGGAGUGCCGUUGGUACCAUGGACAGGAAUCAGAUCAGCGUGCACAAGCCUUGGGGAUUAUAGAUCCACAGGCUUUUAGUGUUAACUUGGGCCCCCUUUGGGGGCAGGUAAGGUGGUUUCUUUGAGGGACAAGGAACCCUUGACCUCCCUCAUUUGCUGAGUUUGCAGCUCUGCCAGCCAUUUAGAUUUGUAACUAUGAAAACUUUUUGAGUUUUGGGACAAUAUUCGUAUGUUAAUAUAGAUUUUUGUUUCUUAUCUUUAAUUUUUGGGACUUGAUACUGAAUAAGAUUUGAUUCUUGGAAUUUUGGAA